UCUAAAGAUUAAGAACUGUAUUUCAGUCAUUUGAGAAUGAGUAACGUAUGAGAUAUGGUUGUGGUUUGUGUUGCGCAGCAAAGCAGGUUUCUCGUUGAAUAAUGAUGGGUUUAUUUUCGGCUCCUGCAAAUAAGCUCGAACCUGAAAUAGAUCGUGCCACUAGUGAUGCAAACACGUCAGAAGACUGGGCUCUCAUACUAGAUAUUUGUGAUCGUGUAAAAGAAUACAAUGAUGGACCAAAAGAUUGUAUAAAAGCUAUUGCUAAGAAGUUAAACAGUGACCGUCCAAGAACUGCCCUGCAGGCCAUAGUUGUUUUAGAUGCAUGCAUCAAUAACUGCGGACGCAACUUCCACCUGGAAGUUGCCAGCCGGGAAUUUGAACAAGAGUUGCGAAAAAUCAUAACAAAUCAGCGAACUAAUCCAAAGGUAUCAGAGAAGCUUCGGCAGCAUUUACUGGCUUGGUCUGAAGGAGACUUCAAGAGUGACAGCCAACUGAGUCUCAUCCCAGAACUGGUCUCCAAGCUCCGCCAACAAGGAUAUGAAUUUUCUAAACCUGAAUCUCCAAGGAAAAAAGUUGAGUACAGCAAUGACCCGAAUGUUGUGAACAACAAGCAAGAAGAAGAUGACAUUGCUCAGGCCAUCCAGCUCUCUCUACAGACCGCCCCCAAGAGCAGCACCAAAACUCACUCUACUUCACUCUAUCCAAGUGAUCUAUCUUCUGAUUUGGCUCGGAGUUUUGACUCAAGCCUGACCCUGAGCGACACUAAGGGACGCACUGGCAACCCUCCUAGCACCAGCACCGCUGAUGCUGUCAAGAAAGCUCGAGCGCUCUACGACUUUGAGGCAGUUGAAGAUAAUGAACUCACAUUCCACGCUGGAGAACUAGUUGUUGUGUUAGAUGACAGUGAUCCAAACUGGUGGAAAGGCAGCAACCACCGCGGCGAAGGUCUCUUCCCUGGCAACUUUGUCACUCUCGAUAUUCAUGGCGAUGGAGAACAUCAGUCACCCGCUUCCCGAAGUGAGAAGCGGGUAUCAUUUUCUGAAUGCGUAGAGGUAACAGAAGUGGAAGAUGCUGAAGGUGAGCCUGCAGGAGACGAAGAUGCAGGGAAGGCACCAGGGGCACCGCCGUCCGGGGAGAUCGACGAGGACAAAAUGGACUACCUGUUGCACCUCCUGCACGAGGCUGACUCGACGGGAGAGCGACCUGACGACCCACAGCUUCCUGCCAUCGAAGAACAAGUGAACGCAAUGGCCCCCACUAUAGACGCUGAGUUAGAACGCAUAGACCGACGCCACAACGAACUUACAAGACUCAAUGCUGAUCUCAUGGCUGGACUCAACCUCUACCAUCAGCUCAUGCGGGAGAUGCCGGUGUCCAGCAUGGGAUACUACCCGCCGCCCUCCGUGUCUUCAGUUUACGGCCCACCCAUGCACCACCCAAUGUACCCCCCACAAACUAUCCCUGGGUACCCUCCCUACGGGAUGCCCGGGAUGAGCGGCACCCAACCUCCCCACGGCAUGCCUCCCAUGAGCAACGCACCUCACAUGCCUCCACCUCACGCGGCACCCUACGGAAUCAUGUCCAUGCCACAGGGCAUGGCACCUCCUCAAGGCCCUAUGAUGGGCGGUCCUUUACCCCCAAUGACCAACGGCGGUGGCGUCCACACGUCCAUGCCUGAGGGCGCAGAGACGCUCAACGGGCACAUGCCGCCUCACCAGCUCGGCGCCCCGCCUGCCUUGUAUGGCCAGCCUCCGUCUGGUCCUCCUGCUGCUGCCAGCAACGACACGACGAGUGAGGCGAGCCCCAGCACCGCAGGAGGACCAAUGCCGCCACACGUUCAGUAUCCAGGACCCGAGCACCUGCCUCAUUACCCUCCCUAUAUGGCCAGCCCCCACUACCCUCCCAUGCAGACCGGCCCUCCAGCCCCUCCAGCCUCAGCCUUCCAACAGCCUCUUCUAUAAUUGAUCCUUCACUGCACCUCAUUCCCCUGGCGACUUUCAUCACUCUUUUUCUGAACUUCAUUAUCUGGCGGCUCCAUGUGAUUCUGUCGUUGUCUGGCCCCGGUAAUACGAAUAUGAAAAACUAUAUUAGAACUAUUUUUGUCUGAAAAGAGCUAGAAAUGAUGAACGUGGGAUAUCGAAGAACUCUACAGCUGCGUACCCGUUAAAUGAUGCAACUGAUUAGCUUAGAUUAGCAGAAGAAUUGUCGCAACUUGGCACAUAAUCGUGUUGUAGACUCAUUGAUGAUUCUGUUUUUUUUUCAUAGUCUCAGUUGCAUUUUUUAAGUUCACGGAGCUGAAAUUAUUACGUACUAUUAUCAGUUUCUUCAAUGAGAUUGCUUAUAUAAUGUUUCAUUUGUAAUCGUUCGGAAACUGUGAUAAGGACAGGAUUUCCUCAUACCUUGAUAUCAUUAGCGUUUGUAGUGAGUGAUUUUUAUCCUUUAGUCCAUUAAACGUUUUUUUAAAUUUCAUAUUUCCCAUUGAGCUUUAACAUUUAUUUUUCUUUCCCACAUAAUAAUAGAUCGCAUUCGGUCCUCCGGAGACUCUUAUUUACGUACUUGUACUUUCCCGUAGGCUAUUUCUAUUUAGUUCCUCUAUGGAAGAGCAAAGAAUUUUGAUUUGGCGUUUCUUAUUAUCGUGAAUAACUUUUAGACGUUUUCGGUAACUUUUUGGAUACAAUAGAAACGGCUUGUUAUUAAAUUUGUGUAAACUCUCUUGCAAUUAAAUAGCUUGUAAUGCUUGCGUCUUGAAAUGUUUGCCUCAGCUUUUCAUCGUUUCCGUGCAGAAGGCCCAUUAUAAGUAACGGGAAUCAUUUCAGUUUCAUUCUUAAUUUCCACUAUUCUAUUUCGUUUACCGAGUCUUUUUACUACAACUAUUACUAAACAUGUCAAGGAUAAUAUAAUUUUUUUCUACAUACUGGACUGCGAAAUGUUUAGCCUGAAGACAGCUUAGUAACAGUUCCGCUUUUGUGUAGACACGAUUUGAUGAACAAACUUGAAGCUACACACGAAUGCAGUCACUCAAGCCUCGUUCUUUGAACAGAUGUUCUAUCUUGGCUUUGCAGUUAUGUUAUUUUAAUCAUGUCGCUCAUGUAUUAGUGAUGUAUUUCUUGCUAAUUGCGAAUUCCUCAUGUUUUUAUGGAUAUAAAAAUGAGUUUUCUGUUUAAUAUUUGUAGGCUAAAUCAUAGUAUUGUGAUGUAUCAGAAACCAGCAUAUUCUUAGUAGUAGUCUCUUGUAGGUGCAUUCAUUCAUUUCAGGUGGAUGCCUGAUUUAUUUACCCAACGUCGUGAAUUCUCCAGUUCACUCAUUUCAUGUAUUGAGCUAUCGGCCUGAACCUUUGGUGCAUUGUUAUUCCAUGCAAGAUGUUGAUUAGUAAGUUUGUUUUUCAUUACUAAUUUGCAAGGCUAUUUUUGACCGAUAAUGGCAUUGUCGGAACAGGACCUGCAUGAGAAUUGUACCAAAUUUAUUUUACAAUCCUUCUCAUCCUGAAGAUGCCAUGGAGCCCUAUGUUAUCCUGUCGCAAUCAAGUCUUGUACAGGAACGCCUGAAAGCCCAAAGCAUUACGGAACUGACCUUUUUCGUACGUGUAACUGCACUGGAGAUAACUGCUCGCUUUGCAGUUGUGAACCUCAAUCAUUUCUCUCUUCUUGCAUCUGGGUCAUAUGUGAAUAUUGUGCUCACUGAUUCUGGAAAUAGGAAAUGUAUAUAAUUGCUAUUCAUCUUCUGUGUCUGUCACCUAACUGGUGUCUAGGAAGCAAUAUUUUUCUCGGAAAUCUCCAUUUGAAUUUUGGAUGCUCUUGUUUCCUGGUUAAUUCUAAACUUUUUUUUUUAAACCUUGUGAAUGGUAAAAAUCAAUGGUGGGUCUGGUCUCCUUUUUUGUGAAUCUAUAAUAAAUAUUAUAUUCCCUAAUAAUUUUAUGUAAUCUAUAAUAGUACUUUAUCUGUAAUAUAAGCCUACUGCUGUAAGUAGUUAAUGUAUAAUAACAGCCUGCUAGCUGCUCAUUGUUUGUACCUAAUGAGCUCACCUAGACUGAAUGUCCUGCACCUUCGCACUUAGAGUGUGAGGCCCCCGAAUGUUAUUAUUACAUAACCUUUACAAUGAAUAGUGAAAGGUUGAUGUAUGCUGGUCUGUAAUCAUUUCUGUAGCUCGUAAGAUGUACUUAUACUCGCUUAACUUUUUUGGAUUUCGAGA